AGAAGAAGCGCAACACCUGGCAAGUGGAAUAAUUCAAACUUCAAGAAACAAGAGAAACAUGAUAAUUUUGGGGGCUCCAAAUUAACCUAUUUCCACAUGGUAAUCUAAAAACUGGACGUAGCUCAUGGAUUAUUUAUAUUAAUUGAUUUGAAUAAGAAGCCUACUGUAUCUACCCGAGCGAGGAUGUGGAGCACAUGCAACGACCAGCGCAGGACACAUGCAAGGUAGCAUUCUGUAAUGAUCUGUCAAGAACAUCUCAUUGAAAAUGAAUAUAACAAAUCAGUUGACAAAUAAUACAAGAACAACGUCCAUGGACCCAACUAUUCCUGUUAUAAUGUUUAUAUUCGGGGUGGUUGGCAAUUCCAUAGCCAUCGUUGUGCUUUGUAAAUCAAGAAAAGAACAGAAGGAGACAACAUUCUACACCUUGGUUUGUGGACUCGCGGUGACCGACCUUCUGGGAACCUUGCUUGCUAGCCCUGUCACCAUCGCCACCUAUGUGAAAGGAGCGUGGCCAGGAGACGACGCAUUGUGCCAAUAUUCUGGAUUCAUCCUUCUUUUCUUCUCUUUGGCUGGCCUCAGUAUAAUAUGUGCCAUGUCAAUCGAAAGGUAUAUGGCUAUUAACCACGCAUACUUCUACAGCCAUUAUGUUGAUCAAAAACUUGCAGGCUUGACUCUUUUUACCAUUUAUUUCUCGAACAUUUUGUUUUGCGCCUUGCCGAGUAUGGGACUGGGAGAGGUACAGAAGCAGUAUCCAUAUACUUGGUGCUUUAUUGACUGGAGAAGUAAUGUGAGUAAGAACGCGGCGUUCUCGUACAUGUACGCUGGUUUCAGUUCUUUUCUGAUCCUAGCAACGGUCAUCUGUAACAUACUGGUGUGCGGGGCACUGAUCAUGAUGCACAGAAGGUUUGUCCGCAGAACGUCGCUCGGCACCGAUCAGAGAAGGAUUGCUGACCUCCGGAGGAGACGGAAUUUCGGACGCAUGGCUGGUGCAGAAAUUCAAAUGGUCAUUUUGCUCAUAGCUACAUCAGUGGUGAUGCUUAUUUGUUCAAUACCUCUAGUGGUGCGGGUGUUUGUUAACCAGCUCUACAAGCCCUCAGUGGAAAUGAGGAUAGAGAAUAACCUAGAUCUUAAGGCCAUUCGAAUAGCCUCAGUCAACCCCAUCCUGGACCCUUGGAUCUAUAUCCUGCUCCGCAAGGCUGUGCUCCUCAAGCUUAUUGAGAAGAUCAAGUGCCUAUUCUGCAGAAUUGGGGGCCAGCACCAGCAGGGACCAGGGAACUUCCACUGUAUCCAUGGGCAGAGAUCAUCUUCUGUGAUCUCACGCGAUUCCCCAUCCCUGGUUUGCCGGGACAUGAGGGAGUUCACCAGCACCUCUCAGACAUUCCUGUACCUGCCCGAGACCAGUACCAGCCUUUCCGGCAGCUUGCGGAUGGGGCAGGUGGGGCGGGAGUGUGUCUCCCUCAAAGACUUUCGAGGAUCCGAGUCAUCAAAUGUACACUCUUUGGACUGCAGAACUACAGAAGGACAGCAUACCCAUGUGAGCCUCACCAGCCUCAACAGGUCUCCCUCAUAUUCAAAAGAUCAGCCCCUACAUGUGACUUUCACGGGAGAAACAUUGAACUUACCAGAGAAAUGCAUAUAGCUCCCUAUAGAGUUCAACACAUUGACUGAGACAUGGAAACUGACAAGGAUGAUGCGAUCAUGACAUGUGACUUCAGUGAUUUUGGGCCACAGAGGCUGAAUUGAAAAAAGGUUUCCAAAGCUUUUCUUAGCUGUGCUGAUUGACAUUUGAACAGAUUUUCCAUUUGCGAAUGUUUCACUGUAUUUCAGUUUUGUUUGAACUUUCAUUUUGGAAUUUACACUGACUGAACAAAGCUGUGUGUACAAUGAGAAUUGGCAUUAUUUACUAUUAUCCAUUUUGCAAUGGGUAUCCACAACAUUAGGAUUCUUACAGUAAACACCACAAAUGUUUUUUUUAUUCUAAUAUAUAUUUUUUGAACUAAUAAUAAUAAUAAUAAUAAUAAUAAU